AUACUGAUUAAAAAAUAAAAAGUCAAAAAAAGGUAACCGUUAUGGUACUGAGCAGUAUCACCAUUUUGAAUCUGGUUACUUUUCCCUCCUUCAUAACCUCUACACACCAAAUCACCAAACCCUAGAUACACAUUCUUCUUCUUCUUCUUCUUCUUCCCUUCGCAGAUGCAAUGCACGACUUUUUCGGCUCCAUUCGCCGAUCCUUAGUUUUCGCAACUCCACCCUCACACGCCGACGAUGGACCCUUCGCCGGAAUCGCCAACAAGAUUGGCUCCGCCAUUCGCAAAUCUAGAAUCGGCCUCAAACCUCCUUCUCCUCCUCCCAUUCGCUGGCGCAAGGGCGAGUUGAUUGGUUCCGGUGCCUUCGGUCGCGUCUACAUGGGAAUGAACCUCGACUCCGGGGAGCUUAUUGCCGUCAAACAGGUUUUGAUCGAGCCUGGUAUUGCUUUCAAGGAGAAUACACAGGCUAAUAUUCGAGAGCUCGAAGAAGAAGUGAAGCUUCUUAAGAAUCUUAAGCAUCCAAAUAUAGUUAGAUACUUGGGGACGGCUAGAGAGGAAGAUUCCUUGAAUAUUCUGCUGGAGUUUGUACCUGGAGGAUCUAUCUCGUCACUAUUGGGGAAAUUUGGAUCCUUUCCUGAGUCCGUUAUAAGAAUGUAUACAACACAAAUUUUACAGGGGCUUGAAUACCUUCACAAUAACAGAAUUAUUCACAGGGAUAUUAAGGGUGCAAACAUUCUAGUUGAUAACAAAGGGUGUAUUAAACUCGCAGACUUUGGUGCAUCCAGGAAAGUCGUGGAAUUGGCUACCAUGAAUGGAGCAAAGUCUAUGAAGGGUACUCCACACUGGAUGUCACCUGAAGUUAUUUUACAGACAGGAUAUACAACCUCUGCUGAUAUAUGGAGUGUUGCAUGCACUGUGAUAGAGAUGGCCACAGGAAAGCCUCCAUGGAGUCAACAGUAUCCUCAGGAGGUUUCAGCUCUUUUCUACAUUGGGACAACUAGAUCUCACCCACCCAUACCUGAACAUCUCUCUACUGAGGCAAAGGACUUUUUGCUGAAAUGCUUUCACAAGGAACCAAAUUUAAGACCUUCUGCAUCAGACUUGUUACUGCAUCCAUUCAUUACCUGUGAGUAUCCAGAAUCUCAUUCAAUAUCAUGCAGUUCGAUCAGGGACUCUUGCAAUCAGAUGGCAACAAAUGGGAUGAACUCUAGAAACUUUUUGGUUUCUAUCCAAGGAUCAACAUGCACAGGCCUAAAGGAUGUUUGUCAGAUGGAUAGUUUAAGGUUCUCGACUGUAUAUCAUGCAAAUCUUAUAAAAUCAGACAACUAUGAUGAUGACAUGUGUCAGAUGGAUGAUAAAGAUGAUUUUUUCGUUGCUUCAUCAGUAAAAUCUAAAUCCCUACUUGCUGUUGACGACAUUAAGAGUUUCAAUCCAAUGUGCGAACCUGUGGAGGAUGACUGGCCUUGCAAGUUUGAUGAAACACUAAAUUUGAAGAAAAGCAGACUGAACUUGUCCCCAGAUCAAACUAUCAAGAAAACUAUGAGUCCCGAACCAUCUCCUAAUGCCGAUAAUGAGUUCUCAUUUUCAAGUGAACCUCUUGCAGUUGAAGACGACGAUGAAGUCACAGAGUCCAAAAUUAGAGCUUUCUUGGAUGAUAAGGCCUUUGAACUGAAGAAGCUCCAAACACCUCUUUAUGAAGAAUUCUUAGGCAAAUCUAAUGCAGCCAUUCCUCAUGCUCCUGUUGCUGUUGCACAGAGUAAAGUUAUUUCAGAUGUCUCAAAUUUAAUAUUAAAAAGCAGGUCUCCUAGUCAAGCUAAACGAAGAUUUUCAAUGGCUAGCAUUGCCAAUGCAACAAGCCCUGAGAACCACAGAAAAUAUGUUACUAAGCUUAGUGGUGUGACUGCUCAUAGUAGACCUUUGCAGGAAAUUCAGCCAUCCGAGCUUAAUGAAUCAAAGGAGACUCUUUAUGAUGCUGAGCUGGGAUCAUCUAGUGUUAGCUCAAGCUUCUCUGAUAGACAAAGGAAAUGGAAAGAAGAACUUGCCGAAGAGCUUGAGCAGACGCGAGAGGUGAUGCGUCAAGCAGGAUUUGGAGGGAAGUUAACAUCACCAAAGGAUCACAAUUUUCUCAGAGAUUGAUCAAUAAUUCUUUACUUUUCCAGGCUAUAGACGUUCUAUUCAUCUUGACAUUUUCCAGUGAGGGUAAAGUCCUUUGGAGAAGUUGCAAGUAUGUAACAGCAUUGACCAUGCUUACUACAGUGCAAUGAAAUCGAAAUAGAUGUGGCACAGAAGAAUUGGAAAUAUUGGCUCGGCAGGAAAAUGUAAAAUUAGUAGUAUAUUGAUUUUUUUUCUAUUGAAUAUUUUCUUUAUUCCAUGUAUUAUAGCGUGAUAUGCACAUAGUGUAUUGAGUUUUGUAUAAAAGCAUCAUUUUAGUAGAAAGAAGUGAAGUUUAAUAUGCUUAUGGCUUUCUGAGUAUAAAUGGAAUUACUAAUGUGGUAAGGAGCAAGGAGCUUUUUGAGUUGCCA